AAUUAUAAAUGAAAUUAUUGAAGCAAAAGUGUUGAAGCAAAAACGGAUUGCGUAUGUUUUAAUAACCGAUGUUAAUAUCUCGUAAAAGUGUUUAUCUUUACAUUACACCGGAUUAUGUUUUAAUAGAUUGUUAUAACUGAUAAUCUUUUAACAAUUAUUCCCGGCAGGCGAUAUCACGCGGGGUGGCUAGAAUCACGUGCUUUUGUAUAGUAAUACCCUUGAGAAAAUGGCGACUGCUGAGCCCCAAUACAUGCCGGAAGAGAACGCAAGGAAGAAUGACAGACACGAAACAAAAACAAAACAAGUCAUGGACACGGGAUAUGCGUGGAAUAUAUUGUUAGGAAGUGUUAUCAAUUACCUGUUCGGGUUAGGCUCAUUGAAAUCAUUUGGUGUGUUGUACACAGAGAUGUUGGAUCAUUUCUCGGCAGGAUCUGGAAAUACAGCUUGGAUAGGCAGCAUAACCUGGUUUCUUGUACAGGUCCUUGCGCCAUUUGCAAAUUGUCUAUGCAAAAGAUACUCCUUCCGAUUGGUUUCGCUUAUUGGUGGUAUAAUGGUCGGAUGUGGUUAUUUCUUGUCUGGAUUUGUUACUCGAAUUGAGCUUAUGUACUUAACCUUUACGAUUAUUGGAAUCGGAUAUUGUUUGUCAUACGUGUCAGCUUCCAUUAUUAUCAGCUUAUAUUUCAAGAAAAGAAGAACUUUAGCAAAUGGCGUUAUGGUAUCAGCCGGAGGGGUUGCUGUUCUUUCGUUCCCAUCCCUUUACAGGUUUUUAAUAAACAAAUAUGGUCUAUCACAAGCACUUUGGGUGAUAGGUGCAAUCGUUUCAAACAUUUGUGUGGCAGGCUGUUUAUUUCUGGAGCCAAACAAACCACCUCCAAGCAAUAAUGAACAGGCAAGAAUUGAAGAAAGCAUUUCAAGUGAAACUGAUGAAAACCAGAAAAAAUGUUUCAAUGCACUUAACUUAAAUUUUUGUUUGUUUAAGAACAGACGUUUCACACUGUUGAUUAUAGCUUUCACUGUCUGUACAUUUGGUCACAUUAGCAAUUACAUUUUAAUUCCUGCUCAUAUUAAAACACUUGGGUAAAGUAACACUUACAUUACAAUAGGUGUAUCUAUAACUGGUGGUGCAGAAUUAAUCGCAAGGAUUGCUGUAGGAUGGUUUGCAGACUUGAAUAUUAUUCAAAAGAAAUAUAUAUUCGUAGUCUGUAUGUUUCUUGGAGGAGUUUUUGCAUUGAUAUCACCACUUUUCUGAUUCUUUUACGUUUAUGGUAGUAUACGCCGGAGUUGCGGGAGCGUUUCCAGCGUCAUAUCUUGCCCUUAUAUCAGUCUUAGCGAUUGAAAGAGUGGGCAUGGACAAUUUCCCAGCAGCCCUCUCGAUCAUUUUUGUCUUUACGUCAAUUCCGUCUUUGAUCUGCCUGCCUAUAGCAGGUAGGUAUAACAUAUUAACUCGGAACUUUAACAAGCUUUGACUUUCAUAAAACAUUAAUACAAAUGUAUAAUAAAUAUGUAUGUUAACUUAUUCUGAGAAUACAAAUUAUUAUACUUAUUGAGUUAUUAUCUAAAAUACUAAGCUUUCUAUUUAUUUUACUUAAAUUGUAUUACACAUUUUAUAUAUACUUUAUAAUAAAGAAAUAGCACACAUUACUUAGAAUUAUAGUGACCGAUCAGUCAGCCAACAAAAUGUCAAUGGACCAAAGGAACACAUUUAUAUAUGUAAAUGGUUCAACGCACUCAUAUUUUCUUAAUUUUGUCAUUUUUUUAAAUUUGUAUGUUUUAAAAUGUAUUAAAAAAAUCACAUAUUUUUGUCAGGUUGGAUGGCAGAUUAUUACGGAAGCUGGUAUCCUGCUUUUAUCUUAACCGGCAUUAUUCUUAAUUGUUCUGGUGUUAUACUUUUACUAGAACCAGUUGUCAUUCGAUAUGGCAUGGGCAAGACCUAUUCAUUAAAAAAUGUUGAUAAAGAAUUGGCAUCUCGAGUAAACUUAGCGUAUAGACAUGACGGACAAGAGGAUAAUUUGAAUAAUACUUAUAAAGUGGAAGAAACACACUUACCCAAUAAGGAAAUGUAAAUCUAGAAGAAAAAAAAAGAAACAUGUAAAUUGAAAACCAUAUACUUACAUUUGUAUAAGAAUAUCACGUAAUAUAUUAUCAAGUGCAAGGAUUUUUCUUUGAUGACACUUAAAAUAAAUAAAACGUCUAAAUAUAUGUUCUUGUGGUUAAUGAAAACUAGAGUUAUUGUUUUGAGUAAAAUAUUUUACAUCCUUGCAUUGUGUAUUAUCAAGAUUUAAAGAUUUGUUUUUGUAAAAAUUGAUUGUAAGCUAAACAAAUAAUGUCCUCAUCAACACGACGAUGAAAUUAUUAUGUCUGGAAGUUUGUUUGCGACAAUGCUAUCUUUAUGAAAGGGAAGGCGAAAGUUAAAGAAAUAAUUGUUUGUAAUUCAAAGAUUUAAUAAAA